UUUUGGACACUCUGUGGAAAUGCCCUGACUGCAAAAAGAGGGAUAUUUGGCAAAACAGGGGAUCUUCAGACCAUCCUUUGCCUUGCAUGUGCCAAAGAAGACAUCACCUAUUCUGGUGCUUUAAAUGGAGACAUCUAUGUCUGGAAAGGGCUCAAUUUAGUCCGCACCAUUCAAGGAGCACACAGUGCUGGAAUCUUUAGCAUGUAUGCUUGUGAAGAAGGCUUUGCCACUGGUGGACGAGAUGGGUGUAUUCGAUUAUGGGAUACUGAUUUCAAACCAAUAACCAAAAUUGAUCUCAGGGAGACAGAACAAGGAUAUAAAGGUUCUCUUUCACGAAGCCCCUUGAUGCAGGCUCAUGGCAAUGUGGCCACAAAGGUUCUUCCAAAGGCCAAAUUGUCUGGCGGCUUAGAGCUCUCUGCUGACCUGAGAGAUAUGACAGAAGUGGUUCAUAUCAAAGAUCGAAAAGAAGUCAUUCAUGAAAUGAAAUUUUCUCCAGAUGGCUCUUACCUCGCGGUGGGAUCCAAUGACGGCCCAGUGGAUGUGUAUGCCGUUGCCCAGCGGUAUAAGAAAAUUGGAGAAUGCAGCAAGUCCCUUAGUUUCAUCACCCACAUUGAUUGGUCUUUGGAUAGCAAAUACUUGCAGACCAAUGACGGCGCAGGAGAACGCCUGUUCUACAAGAUGCCGUCUGGGAAGCCUUUAACAAGUAAAGAAGAAAUCAAAGGGAUUCCCUGGGCCUCCUGGACUUGUGUGAAAGGCCCUGAAGUGAGUGGAAUUUGGCCAAAGUACACUGAUGUCACUGACAUCAAUUCAGUGGAUGCAAAUUACAACAGCUCCGUGCUGGUUUCUGGCGAUGAUUUUGGACUGGUUAAAUUGUUUAAAUUUCCUUGUCUCAAGAAAGGAGCCAAAUUUAGAAAGUAUGUGGGCCAUUCUGCACAUGUCACAAAUGUCCGCUGGUCCCAUGACUUUCAGUGGGUAUUGAGCACAGGAGGGGCUGACCACUCAGUUUUCCAGUGGAGAUUUGUUCCAGAAGGUGUCAGCAACGGUCUGCUGGAAACUGCACCCCAGGAAGGUGGCACUGAUUCCUACAGCGAAGAAUCUGAUUCGGAUUUAUCUGACGUGCCGGAAUUGGACUCUGAUAUUGAGCAAGAAACUCAAAUCAAUUAUGAUCGCCAGGUUUACAAAGAAGAUCUACCUCAGCUAAAGCAACAAAGUAAAGAGAAAAACCAUGCAGUGCCCUUCCUCAAAAGAGAAAAGGCUCCUGAGGACAGCUUGAAACUUCAGUUCAUACACGGUUACAGAGGCUACGACUGUAGAAAUAAUCUGUUCUACACGCAAGCUGGAGAAGUGGUCUAUCACAUUGCUGCAGUUGCCGUGGUGUACAACAGACAGCAACACUCCCAGAGGCUGUACCUGGGGCACGAUGAUGACAUUCUCAGCCUGACCAUCCAUCCAGUGAAGGACUAUGUGGCCACUGGGCAGGUUGGAAGAGAUGCUGCUAUUCAUGUGUGGGACACACAAACUCUAAAAUGUUUGUCGCUAUUGAAAGGACAACACCAGAGGGGAGUGUGUGCGCUCGAUUUUUCAGCUGAUGGAAAAUGUCUGGUGUCGGUUGGUUUAGACGAUUUUCACAGUAUUGUGUUUUGGGACUGGAAAAAGGGAGAAAAAAUAGCCACCACAAGAGGGCAUAAAGACAAGAUAUUUGUGGUUAAGUGUAACCCACACCAUGUUGACAAACUGGUUACAGUUGGGAUGAAGCAUAUCAAAUUCUGGCAACAAGCAGGUGGGGGCUUCACCUCUAAAAGAGGAAUUUUUGGAAGUGCUGGAAAAUUGGAAACAAUGAUGUGUGUUUCUUAUGGGCGAAUGGAAGAUCUAGUGUUCUCAGGAGCAGCUACUGGAGAUAUUUUUAUUUGGAAAGAUAUUCUACUACUAAAGACAGUGAAAGCUCAUGACGGGCCUGUGUUUGCUAUGUAUGCAUUGGAUAAGGGUUUUGUAACAGGUGGAAAGGAUGGAAUUGUGGAACUCUGGGAUGAUAUGUUUGAAAGAUGCUUGAAGACUUACGCCAUUAAAAGAGCAGCAUUGUCAACCAGCUCAAAAGGCUUGCUUUUGGAAGAUAACCCUUCAAUUCGUGCCAUCACUUUGGGACAUGGACAUAUCCUGGUGGGAACAAAAAAUGGGGAGAUCCUGGAAAUUGAUAAAAGUGGCCCAGUGACGCUGCUUGUUCAGGGGCACAUGGAGGGAGAAGUAUGGGGUCUGGCAGCCCACCCUCUCCUGCCCAUCUGCGCAACGGUGAGUGAUGAUAAAACACUUCGGAUCUGGGAAUUAUCCUCCCAGCACCGUAUGCUGGCUGUUCGAAAACUCAAAAAAGGGGGAAGAUGCUGUGCCUUCUCCCCUGAUGGGAAAGCCUUAGCAGUUGGCUUGAAUGAUGGGAGUUUCCUGGUCGUAAAUGCUGACACUGUUGAAGACAUGGUCUCCUUCCAUCACAGAAAAGAAAUGAUCUCUGAUAUUAAAUUUUCAAAAGAUACAGGAAAAUACCUUGCUGUGGCCUCCCAUGAUAACUUUGUGGAUAUUUACAACGUCCUUACAAGCAAACGCAUUGGCAUCUGUAAAGGGGCUUCUAGUUAUAUUACACAUAUUGACUGGGACUCAAGAGGAAAAUUACUGCAGGUUAAUUCGGGUGCCAAAGAACAACUCUUUUUUGAAGCUCCAAGAGGCAAACGGCAUAUAAUAAGACCUUCAGAGAUCGAGAAAAUCGAGUGGGACACAUGGACGUGCGUCCUGGGGCCCACCUGCGAGGGCAUCUGGCCCGCGCAUAGUGACGUGACUGAGGUCAAUGCGGCCAGUCUUACCAAAGACUGUUCCCUCCUAGCAACUGGAGAUGAUUUUGGCUUUGUUAAGCUUUUCUCCUAUCCCGUCAAGGGCCAGCAUGCAAGAUUCAAGAAGUAUGUGGGGCACAGCGCGCACGUCACCAAUGUGAGGUGGCUGCACAGCGACUCUGUGCUGCUCACGGUUGGCGGUGCCGACACCGCCUUGAUGAUCUGGACAAGGGAGUUUGUGGGGACCCAAGAGAGCAAACUGGUGGAUAGCGAGGAGUCGGACACAGACGCGGAAGAGGACGGAGGCUAUGACAGUGACGUUGCUAGAGAGAAGGCCAUUGAUUACACCACCAAGAUCUAUGCAGUGAGCAUCAGGGAGAUGGAAGGCACCAAACCACACCAGCAGCUGAAAGAAGUUUCGGUGGAAGAAAGGUAUGGUGUCGCCAGGUUUCAUAGCCCUCCCUUUCAGAUGAGUAAGUGGUGCCAUUUUGCUCAGUUAGGUAGUAUCUCCGUUAUCAUUUUGGGCCCUUGGGAGCCUUGCACUUGGACUGAGCUCUGGACCCCCAUGGGCAGCAGGGGCCGGCAGGUGCUAGAGAAUAGACCCCAGCUCUUUAGCCCGGCCUGGAACAGAAUCUGUAAAUGUAAAAAAAGGUCUCCCAGCUCCCCAGGCAUGAUUCUAAAAUUGAGAACUUGGAGCCUUCACCGCUCAGUUUUACAAGGCAUUUGCAGAUGCUACAUAAUAGUUUGGGGUUGCCCUGAGAGGUCUGCAGACCCCCCGCCCCCACUCACCCUCCCAUGUCUGCCCCUAGGGAGCCAGAGCUUCUACCUCGAGCACACGGAUGACAUCCUCUGCCUCACGGUGAACCAGCACCCCAAGUACAGAAAUGUGGUGGCCACCAGCCAGAUAGGGACGACGCCUUCAAUCCACAUCUGGGACGCCAUGACCAAACACACCCUCUCGAUGCUGCGGUGCUUCCACUCGAAAGGGGUGAAUUACAUCAACUUCAGUGCCACCGGGAAGCUCCUGGUGUCGGUGGGAGUGGACCCCGAGCACACCAUCACCGUCUGGCGUUGGCAGGAAGGCGCCAAGGUUGCCAGCCGAGGGGGUCACCUGGAGCGCAUAUUUGUGGUGGAAUUUCGCCCCGACUCAGACACCCAAUUUGUGUCCGUCGGGGUCAAACAUAUGAAGUUCUGGACCCUGGCAGGCAGCGCCCUGCUUUACAAGAAAGGGGUCAUCGGGUCCAUGGAAGCUGCCAAGAUGCAGACGAUGCUCUCCGUGGCCUUCGGUGCUAACAACCUCACUUUCACGGGUGCCAUCAAUGGAGACGUCUACGUGUGGAAGGACCACUUCCUCAUCCGGCUGGUGGCCAAGGCUCACACAGGCCCCGUCUUCACAAUGUACACAACCCUUCGGGACGGACUCAUAGUGACUGGUGGCAAAGAGCGGCCGACCAAAGAAGGAGGUGCCGUGAAACUGUGGGACCAGGAGAUGAAGCGCUGCCGGGCCUUCCAGCUGGAGACAGGCCAGCUGGUGGAGUGUGUGCGCUCCGUGUGCCGGGGCAAAGGAAAAAUUUUAGUAGGAACCAAAGAUGGAGAAAUAAUUGAAGUUGGUGAAAAAAAUGCUGCUUCCAACAUCCUGAUUGAUGGACACAUGGAAGGGGAGAUCUGGGGCCUGGCCACACACCCCUCCAAGGACAUCUUCAUCUCUGCCAGCAACGACGGCACGGCCCGCAUCUGGGACCUGGCUGACAAGAAGCUGCUCAACAAGGUGAACCUGGGCCACGCGGCCAGGUGUGCAGCCUACAGCCCCGAUGGGGAGAUGGUGGCCAUCGGCAUGAAGAAUGGGGAGUUUGUCAUCUUGCUGGUGAACAGCCUCAAAGUCUGGGGGAAAAAACGAGACCGGAAAUCUGCUAUCCAGGAUAUCAGAAUCAGCCCAGACAGCAGAUUCUUAGCUGUUGGUUCUUCUGAACACACAGUUGACUUCUAUGACCUCACUCAGGGCACAAGCCUGAAUCGCAUUGGCUACUGCAAAGAUAUUCCAAGCUUUGUCAUUCAGAUGGAUUUCUCAGCGGAUGGCAGAUACAUCCAGGUGUCAACAGGAGCCUACAAGCGCCAGGUGCAUGAGGUCCCCCUGGGGAAGCAGGUCACCGAAGCCAUGGUCAUUGAGAAGAUCACCUGGGCCUCCUGGACAAGCGUUCUGGGGGACGAAGUCAUUGGCAUCUGGCCACGAAAUGCAGACAAGGCUGAUGUCAACUGCGCGUGUGUGACCCAUGCUGGCCUCAACAUUGUCACCGGAGAUGACUUUGGGCUAGUGAAGCUCUUUGAUUUUCCAUGCACAGAAAAAUUUGCCAAACAUAAGCGUUACUUUGGCCACUCAGCUCACGUGACGAACAUCCGUUUCUCUCAUGACGACAAGUAUGUGGUCAGCACUGGAGGAGAUGACUGCAGUGUGUUUGUGUGGCGAUGUCUGUAAAUGCCAGAAACCUCUUUCUCGCUGCUGCUGCCCGCCCCCCAGCCACCGCGGAGGCACGCAGGGGCCCCUCCGUGCCCACAGCGCUGCAGGCCACACGAGCGCCACGUGCCAGCGAAGCGGGGUGACCGCCCCAUCCUCUGCGGAACUGUGCUGCCCGGAAGGUCAGUUCUCACAUGGGAGGAGUGCUUGCCUCUGUUCGUGACACGACACAAAAAAUCCUCUCUGACCAUGUAGCCCACCGACAGAAUUUAAAGCCUCAGUUACCCUAACCAAUAUGUAGCUUUUAAUUUGCAUCAGAACUUUUACAAAGGAUGUUUUGCUAUUCUGUUUCUAUAUACUUUAAAAAUGUUCAUUUUUACCAAUGAGUUGAACAAGACCGCUUCAGUUAGAUGCACCUAAGCAUUAGAACUACCGAUAGCCUCAGUUCUCCACAUUUAGCUUUCAAAACCAAAUGAGCCAUGUAUAAACAAGUUGAGAAACUUAAUUUUUUAAUGUUUCAUUUGCAGAGUUUUAUAUCCAUUAAGUGCCUUUGAAAGUUUCCAGUUGUGUGGGCUGUCUCACCUCCCACAGAUAUUCUCCUUUCUACAUAUGGUGCUAAAACUUCAAAACUGAGGAGGGCUACAGGACCCUUAACAGAUUCCUGGUCUGUCACCCAUGUCAUGUGUUUAUGUCCCGGCUUCCUAAAUGCAAGACAUCGGUUACCUGCUUGGGAAAUAGUGGCAGGUGAGCAGCAAAGAAACUGAAAUUCAGGAGGGAGGGGGUAGAAAUGGGUUUUCACAGUUCAGUGCCAAACCUACAAAAUCCAAAUAGAAGUAAAAUAAACCGCUACUACAAAAUAGAAGGGCGGGGGGGGAAGCUCAAGUGGGUCUAGGAGGAUGAACCCUUAAUCCUAAAAUGGUAAUAAAUGAGGUGACCCAAGGCUGCAUUGGGUCUUCCCCCUGCCCCCCCCGAGUGGGGCUGACUUGACCCCAUGGAUUUGUUCAGGUGAGCUAUAUAGGUCAAGUCCAGAUAAAAAGAAAAAAAA